AUGGAGCACUCUCUCUCGACAUGCACGGGCGACAUUGUGUCCCUCCGCACCAAGGUGGAAAAUAUGUCUAAAGAUCUCAUCAGACUAGACAAUAAAUGUGAAGAUUUGGAGUCUAGAUCACGCCGUAACAACGUGCGCAUAGUGGGAAUACCAGAAAGCCAGGCUAUAUCCUGUGAAUUUGUGUCAACACUUCUGAGAGAUGCUUUUCGGCUCGGUAAGGAACCACUUGUGGACCGGGCUCACCGGGCCAUGAACGCCAUUCCCAGUGCUGGCGGGCGACCCCGCGCCGUAGUAACGCGAUUACAUUACUACUCAGAUUGUGCAGAAAUUCUCCGAAGGGCUAGAGAACUACAACAGAUUAAGACCAGAGACAUUGUCAUCUCCGUUUUUCCUGACUACACUGCGAAGACGGCUCGCGCGCGUGCAGCCUUCAAUGAUUUGCGCCGCCAACUCAGGGACAUUGGUGGAAUUCGCUUUGGGAUUCUUCACCCAGCCAAGCUACGCAUCACGCACGACGGGAAACAACGCGACUUUAUCUCCCCAGAGGAAGCAGCAAAGUUUGUGAAGACUAUAACUGGAUAG